AUGUGCAAAAAGUUGACUGAUGUUCUUCGAUCUAUACCUGCACAAUGCAAUCAGGAUUAUAAAAGAUUGCCCGAAGUUGAGCCCCUCGGGAGUGAAUUUAUGAAAUAUGUUAGAAAAUAUAUUAGAUUCUCACAUGCCAUUAUCCAGUACGGUGAAAGGUUUUAUGAACUUUUACUUAGAUCUAAUAAGGUUCGGUUGUUAGAGCAUCAUACAUUGCCGUUAAAAGAUUAUACUUGUGGUGUACACAUAAAACAGGAUCAAAUAGUGAAUGGAUUUAAUUUUAAACAGUUACGAGAAUUUUUUGAGGAUAUGCCAUAUAAAUUGUUGGGUGUGAACUGUAUUUGCUUUGUUCAAUAUGUUGUUUAUCAUUUAACUAAGAAAAUAAUUGAUUAUAAAUACAUCCCUGGUUAUAAUUUAUUAAUACCGCCAGAAGAAAGAACAUUGAAGGGAUAUAUAGAUUACUAUUUUAGACCUGAAUAUAAAACUAUGGGUAGUGCUAGUGCUCAGAUAGAAGAUAUGUGGGAUAGUAUAGAACAAAUAUAUCCUAAAGUCCAGUUUAAAGUCCCUAACUUUGUUUCCAUAGACAAAUCAGAAUCCGCAUUUUUUGAUUAUUUUACAGAUUUUAGCUUUGUAGAAGACACAAAAAAAAUAUACAAUAAAUAUAGAGACAAUAGAAAGACAGUUUGGUUUCCUUUAAUCAAUCUUGUCAAACAUAGACAUGUUUCGUUUGUUGGUAAAAAGAUCUAUAGGGAUAUAGAUCACAACCUCAAAAUACCGGACAAAAAAACUGUUAUUUUAGAUCUUCAAUCUAUACAAGAUUAUUAUAUUAAACUCUUUGAAAUCUCUAUUGAUUUAAAUAUACAUAACAUUAAGAAUGAAUUAUACACAAUUGGAAUAACAGUGCCCUUGAGAAAAUUUGAUAUUGAAAUUGAUACAAUAACUGCAAGAAUGAUAAAUGAGUUAAAAGAAAAAUAUCCGCACCCUGAGGGUAUUUUCACACGACGGUUAGGUACACUAAAUAUGGUAAAAAAAAGUAAUGAUAGAUACUUUGUAGAUACAAAACAGACUAAGUUGGAUGAGGAUAAAGAGGACGAAAUAACUAAAGCUGUAUAUAAUCAAUUGAGGCCUAUAUUAGAAAAUAGUACAUUAAUGAGUCCUGAAGAAGUAUUAAAAAAAUGGCACAUAGCAUAUAGUUGGGGUUUUCCAUAUAGGUUUUUAGAUGGUAAUGAUAAUAUGUCACGUCGAAAGGUUAUAUACCGGAUGGGUGGUCGUCAAGUGUUCCUAAAGAAGAUACGUCAAUAUUUAGAAGGUGAUAUAGCUAUUCCUAGCGUUAGUCAUGUAUUUUUAAAAGAUGAAGUCCUAAAAUUAUCAAAAGUAGAAAUAGAGGAGAAAAUUAGAAGUAUAAUUGCCAUGGAUCCUCUAACUUACUUUAAUGGUAUGUUGGUGAAUGGAUGUCAAAAUAAAAAUUUUGAUCCUAUGAAUGGGUGUGCAAUUGGAAUGUCUAGCGCACAUGCUAUACCUCCACUUAUCUUUGAACAAUAUAGGUCUUAUAAGGUUCAUUUGCAAAUGGACAUUACAUUUAUGGACUCGACCAUGACUUGGAAAGAAUUAACCGGAAUGCUAGCAGAAGAUUUCUUUAAGUAUAACAAGAUUACAGCUUAUGGAGAUGAUAAUGUUUUGAGUAGUAACUGUUUUAACGAUAAAUGGAAUGAAGACACAUUAUGUAAUUAUUUUGCUAAAAAGGACAAAAAGCAAUUAGAAGAAGUCCUUAAAUACGUGUCUGAUUAUACUUGUAAAGUAACUUAUAAACAUAACCGAGAUAAAUUAUUAAUGAAAUUUGACGAUAUAAAAAAAAAUCCAAAGAAAAAUAAAACAUAUUUACUUGAACGUAUUAUUGGUUUAGCCAAUAAUUGUGCCCAUUAUCCGGAUAUUCACGAGAUUUGUGUCAAAUAUUAUAAUGAAUUAAUAGAGGCUUAUUAUAGUCACAUGAAAGCAAUAAGAAAGCGAUGUCCUAUAAAAUCAUAUGAAGAAGUAAUGCACCUGCAAUAUGAAUAUAGAUAUAAUGAAUUGGUAACUUUAGAUAUGUCUUCAUUUGAACAAUUCAUUCGUAAUGCACGUGCCUUUGUCCACGAAGUUGAUUUUAAAUGUGAAUUUGUGUUUCAGAAUUAUAAAAAUAUGUUAAAAGUACUCGAUUUAUCUUUACCUAGAGCAUCAGUAGACACACUAUAUUUCGAUCCGUAUAAUCAUCCUAUCUCGGAGAAUUUCUUAAUAGAAUGGUGGAUAUAUGUUAAUGCAAAUUGUCCAGAAAGUCUUGGCGAAUAUUUGAUCAUGGUUAAAGAAUCACCUUUUGCAUCAAUUUGUAGUCCCCAAAAAUUCUUUCAGAUUCGCCAUAAUUUUGAUUGGGAUAUGAGUAGCUUAAUAAAAUUAUCAAAUCAUAUGCUAGGGAUUUUAAUAGCAUCUCUAGUAGUUAACUAUUUAGAAAACUUAUUAUUAAAAUUCCCAAUUAUUAGAACAUUUAUAAAAUUAAGUAAGCUAUACACAAAUUUUGGUUUCACAGGUUUCGCAGAUCUUAAUUUUCUAUACUGGACCAUGUUUGGUAGAUCUAGUUUAGAGUUAAGUGCACUAGUUCCAAGAGACCUAGCUGCAAAUAAGAAGGCUAUCAUGUACUUAAUUUAUGAUAAAUUAUUUGGAGGGUUUAAUAUGCCUGAUUAUCCAAUUCUACCCUUCUUAAAGCCCAUAAUGACUAAAUUUGUACAAUUAAUCAAUUUAUGUUGGCCAAUAAUGGCAGAUUUUGAUUUUAAUGCUAUUUAUAAAAUAAAACCAUUCUUUGACAAUAAAAGUUUUUCUGGUACAUGGGCGCCCUUAGAUCAUUUAGAUUCAGUAGAGAAAGUGUUAGAAGAGCUCAAGAAAGGGAAAAUUCCUGUAGUUACAGCUAAGACAGGGGCCAGAAAAAGCACUGAUUUUGUACAAAAUAUAUCAGCACACUUUAAUUGCACUAUGUUAUCUAUGCCUCGUGUAUUAUUAGUUAAAAAUCAUGCAAGUUCUGCUCCAAAAUUGUUUGCUGGUACUCGCAAUAUUAUGGAUGAAAAUAAUUUAAAUGUAUGUACACAUGGUUGGUUACAAGUUACUAAUCACUCGUUUAAGGAUAAAGAUUUUUUAAUAAUUAUAGAUGAGUUUCAUGAAAUGGAUGAAGAUAGUUUGAUAUUAUUAGAGAGAUACAAAGGCAAUGUUAUUUUACUUAGUGCAACUCCAAUCCCUAUCCCAAAUUCAACAACAAUUACAUUAUCGAAAUCACGUUCUCCUUACUCAAUCACUAAGUUACCGCCCCCUCCAAAUAUACAUUUAGAGAGUGCUAUUUUCCAUUAUCUAAACGAAUAUCCCAAACUUAAAACAUUGAUAAUUAUACCAUCCUUAAGUCAAUGUAUUAAAGUACAUAACACCAUAGCUAGUUUUUUAUCCAGAAAAAUUCGGGUUGUGGAUGCUAAAAAUGAUGAAAUUAAAGAUGACACUGAAAUAAUUAUAGGUACUUCUGUUUGGGAUGCAGGUCGUACCUGGACAGGUUGUCAAUUAGUCAUUGAUUCGGGUUUAUCUAUGGGAAAAGUUAAUGGUAAAUUCAUAACAAGAGAAUCUAGCCAUGCCAUUGAAAUUCAAAGAGCAGGUAGAACAGGUUGA